CAAAAUGGUUGAUGACGUCAUGAACAACAUAUGUUUGUUGUUUGUUUUCGUUUUCACGUGAGUGUUGAAAGUGCCGCCUUAACACCCUUAACCAGAUAAUACUAAGUCAAAUUUAGACUUAUAAUGACAAUUCGUGACGGCGUGGAAAAUUCGAAUUAUGAGCCUACGGAGCAACCGAUAAACAGUAGCAGUUAUGGAACGUUUUAUCCUGAUAAUGAGCCAACAGGUUCAGAUGAGUUCGCAUACGUUGAAUUCAGUGGGAAAGACGGGAGAACUUGCCCAACAUGUAAAGGCACAGGAAGAAUCGCAAAAGAACAAGAAGAUGAAUUGGUUGCACUGAUCCCUUACAAUGACCAACGUCUCAAGCCCCGUAGAACAAAGUGUUACGUUGUUCUUGCGAUAAUAAUUUGCCUCAUUGGAUGCGGUUUAACUUUGUUCUUUCUUCUUCCGAGAGCCGUGACGAUCAAAGAAGAUGGAAUUGUUAAUUUUACUGUUUGUCUCAACACAAAUAUGUCUUCAACAGUUAUAACUGUUAAGAAUCGUUUUAACAUCACAAACUCAAAUUUUUUCCAAGUUGAAAUUUCCAAAGUGAAUGUAGAAGCCUUCUUUGACCAGGUGUCGGUAGGUACCGGGAAAAUGAAGGUAAGUCCAUUAUAUGUGAGUGCGCGUACCACUGCUCCAUUAGUUGUUGAAGUAGUCACAAGGUUUAAUAAAGAGAACCAGCUAGAGUUUAUGUGUAAAUUGUGUACCAAUCCAAAGAGAAAGGUUCAUGACAUUGUGAUAAAGCUUCAAGCAACACUUACCACAUCAUACCUUCAACAUUCUGAACAGAAUUCGUUGGCCACAUACAAAUAUAUUGAUUGUAGUGCCAACAAUAUCAAUUCUGCGUGUCAUACUUGAGAAUUCCGAUGAUGUUUGACUAUGUGACAGCAUCAUUUUCGGGUCAAUUUAUCUUUUUCUUCAUUUCCAUCCUCUAUAUUACAUCAGAUGUUUAACUAAUACUCUACUGUACUUCUGUAUUGCUAUUGGAUAUAUUUUAACCUACACAAUUAAAGUUACCUACACAUUACUUUAACUAGUAGAUUCUAUUUCAUAUGCAUGAAAUCAUAUGAUACUGCAUGCUAGGAAUUUUAUAAGACCUUUUAGAAAAUUGGGACUUAAUCCUGGGGUGUGGUAUCACUUAUAUCUUUCUCUCUUUUACCCAAAUCCAAUCUUUUUGCCCCUAAAUUUCAUUUUUCCAUAUGAAACUUUUGCUAUUUUUCUCUACUUCUUACAUCCUCUAAAAGAAACCUUAAUGGGUUAAAAGAACCUUUUCAUUUACAGAGCAAAAAUAAUAAUUGUAUUCCGUACUUAACUACAGUGCAAAUUUUCCUUCAACUUUGGGCAUCAGAUGUUUUGCAAUUUCAAACAUUCGAAAUAUAGUAGGGUGGGAGAAGAUGGGACACCUUUUCAUUCCAUUUUUUUCGUUUCAUUUGUCAGUGAACAAAGAAAAUUCAAAAAAUUAUAAAGCCCUAUCCUCACAACUCCCAUGGACUGUUGCAAAUUGUUUAAAACACGAUCAUGAUAUUAAGAUAUUAUGUGCUAAAAGUGUCCCAUCCUUCUAUAUCUUAAGUUAUAUUCUGCCUUCACCUGUGAACUAAUUACGUAUUUUGUUCACAGUUUGGCACUGUGUGGUAUCUAUCAUACAGGAUAGCGUUAUCCUAUUAACUGUAGGUUGUAUAAUUUGUUGCUUAAACUGUGUACAGUUUUGUAAAAUAGUUGCAUAUAUUGUCUAUAUCUCAUAAACUGUUUUGGCAUUAGAUUUAUUUGUUUUAUAAAAAUGCAGGUGUUAUUCUUUUA